CACACUCCUUACAGUAAAAUACCAAUAUGGCAGAAGCGGUGGGACUUGCGCGGUAACUAAAGCAACAUAACACAGGAGCACACUGUCAAAUUCAACACUAAUCAGUACAAGACCGCAGCGAUGAGGGAGAGACAGAAGAAAAAGAAGGGGAGGACAUGGGCAGAAGCUGCUAAAACGGUAUUGGAAAAGUACCCGAACACACCCAUGAGCCACAAAGAGAUCCUACAGGUGAUCCAGAGGGAGAGACUGAAAGAGAUCAGUGGCCAGUCAGCUGUCUGCUUCAUUGAGUGUAACUGGCUGUGUUCCCUGUUACCUAGUGGUACUUCCCCGCUGGCAUGUCUUAAUGCUAUGCUCCACACCAACUCUCGCAGUGAAGAAGGGAUCUUUUACAAAGUACCUGGACGAAUGGGGGUCUACACACUGAAGAAGGACAUUGGGGACGUGGUGAAGGAACUGUCUGAGGAGGGGUCAGAGGUGAAGGAGCUGUCUGGGGAGGGGUCAGAGGAGCUGUCUGAGGAGGGGUCAGAGGAGCUGUCUGAGGAGGGGUCGGAGGAGCUGUCUGAGAAGGGGUCGGAGGUGAAGGAGCUGUCUGAGGAGGGGUCGGAGGAGGAUGGUAGUGAUAAUCUGUCUGAUUCCCAGAGAAGCACAGAGAACAACAACUACAACGCUAACAACCAGGAGAGCAGGAGGGGACGGUGGAGGAGGAGAGGGCCCUCCAAGCUGCCGCCUGAUCCGUUGUCUCCUCAGCCACGCUGUUCAUCUCCCUCUGUCCCCAGCAGCAAGCUCAUCUCUCCCUCACAGAAACACUGCAAGAAGGCCCUCAAACAGGCCCUGAAGCAGCAGCAGCAGAGGAACCAGCGGAGACAAGGGGGCAUGCCCAUAACCUCCAGCCCUAGACUACUGCUUAAGACUGACACCAUUGCCACUAAGACCGACUCCUGUCCUGCUGCUGGUACCAGGAAGAUGUCCCAGAGGUCCAGUCGACUCAGUGCACGGCAACUGAAGCAUACCAAGUGUGCAGAGAUAGACGUUGAGACACCAGACUCUAUCCUGGUUAACACCAACCUGCGUGCCCUGAUCAACAAACACACCUUCUCUGUCCUGCCCACAGAGUGCCAAGAGAGGCUACUGACGCUACUGCCUGAGGUCGACCAACAGGCCUGUAUGGAUGGUCUGUUGAAGGUAACCAGUUCUGCCUUGAACAAUGAGUUUUUCACAUCAGCAGCUCAGUCCUGGAAGGAACGACUGGCGGAAGGUGAGUUCACUCCUGAGUUGCAGCUGAGAAUGCGUCAGGAGAUUGAGAAGGGGAAGAAGGUGGAGCAUUGGAAGGAGAGCUUCUUUGAGAACUACUAUGGUGAAAACUCUGGACUCAGCUUAGAGGAAUCAAAAGAGCUGCUUGAGUCUGGGCUCAGUCUGGAGCUCUCAGCCACCAAAGCCCAGUCGUCUCCUCCAACACAGCCACGUCCUGCUGGCCAAGCACUGCAAGACGCCAAGAUCCCUGCGAACAGCUGCCAGACUCGCUCUUCAGAGAGGAGGCUCCGAUCAUCAUCACUGCCCAUAAACCCGACAUGUAAACCCAUAGAACCUACCAAGUCAAGGCCAGAGCCUGUUCAAGACGAACCAGUAGCAGUCCCACCCGUUGUACUACCGGUGCUGCCAGUAAAGAUCGUUCAGAAGACACUGGAGGUUGAGUACCCCAGACACAGGACUCGUAGCAGAGGUUUAUCCCUACCUAUAGUGGCAGUGGAGGCAGCUGUUGUGCGGAGACAUGAUGUGGUGGGUUCAACCUCAACGGUUACUCCACUUGGAGAGAAGCAGGAGGAAGAUGAGGAGCAGGAUUUGAAAGAAGCCCAGCCAGACACCCCCCAGUACCCUGAGAUCCCCCCGUCUCCUGAGAUCCCCCCGUGCCCUGAGAUCCCCCCGUCCCUUGAGAUCCCACCAUCCCCUGAGAUCCCACCAUCUCCUGAGAUCGCACCAUCCCCUGAGAUCCCACCGUCCCCUGAGAUCCCCCCGUCCCCUGAGAUCCCCCCGUCCCCUGAGAUCCCCCAGUACCCUGAGAUCCCUCCGUCCCCUGAGCUCCCCCCGUCCCCUGAGAUCCCCCCGUCCCCUGAGAUCCCCCCGUCCCCUGAGAUCCCCCCGUCCCCUGCCCAGGAGAGUCAUCCAGAGGUCUGCCCCCAGAUGAAGCUCAGUUCAUCACUGCCAAUCGACCUUCCAGAGCCUCUGGGCGUAGACAAGCAUAGUGGGGAGAGGAGGGAAGAUGUUGACGCUACACCAGAGAGAGGAGCCUCAGCCCCUGUGUCAGUCACCUCUGUAUCCUCCCCUGUAUCCUCCCCUGUAUCCUCCCCUGUAUCCUCCCCUGUACCCACCACCCCAUCCCCGGAGCUGUUGAAAAGGAAGUCCUCGUCCAGUGAACAGGAAGUAGAGCUGACUCCAGAGAAGAGGGCCCGCAUCACUCCACCAGCAGUAUCUGUGGUAACCUCUCCAGCAGCCACAUUAACAACAGCACAGAGAGUGCCUCCGCUUCAGAUUACUGUGUCGCGAAUCCUAUCAGUCCCAGUCCUUGCAUCUCCAACCCAGGUGUCCCCCAGGACCCCUCUCCCUGUCUCCCUCAGUCCCAGUCCCAGUCCCAGUCCUGGUCCUAGCCCCGGACGCAUUGGUGCUCGCACUCUGGCUGACAUCAAGGCUAAAGCCCAGCUAGCCCGGACCCAACGUGCAGCAGCAGCUGCAGCGAGCUCCUUCUCUAAAGGUGCAGUACCAGGCCCAGGACCAGGAGGAGGCAGUGGAGAGCAAGGAAACCAUAGAGCUUUAGCCCAGACCCUCCACUCUAGACCCUCCUCCUCCACCCAAAGCUCCACCCAAUCUCAGUCAACCACCAAGCUGCCAGCAAGCAGCACCAUUGGUCAAUCUACCUGUCAAUCACCCAAUGCAGUCACCACACUAGCCCACUCCCAUUAUGUCCAAUCAGGCUCCUCUGUGCCCUUUGACCUUAGCCUGUCUCAAAGAGGCUCCAACACCAGCAGAGCGUCUCUCACUGAUGACCGACAGAGAGGCUACUCUGCUGGUAACAUGAGCCCAGGUUUUCUGAUGGGGCCUCAACAUGGGAACACUCAACAUACAUCACACCCAUCAGGUCCCCAGUCAACCUUUAGCCUCACUUCAUCUGUGUGUGGUGUGAAGAGCCAGUAUGUACCUGGAGGCUCCAUGGCAGCCAGGGCUAGCCACUUCAUCCCAGCCAACAACCCCCUGGUCACAUCUCUCCUCCAGGGGAAAGAGGUCCCUCUGGAACAGAUCCUCCCCAAGCCGCUGGCCAAGGCAGAGGUCCAGGUGGCCCAAGCCAAACCCUCCCAUGAUGACAAAUGGAAGAUAAAGUCCCACAGCACAGCCGGGACAGCCAGUGGUGGAAGCCAGAGUCAGUACCUACACUCUGGUGGUGUGGAGGACAACAGUAGAUCCAAACUGCAAGGAUCCAUAGGCCGCUCCCCCUCCGCCAUACCUGGAACAAGAGCAGGUAAGUUGGCAGAGCUCCAGCACCAUCAAAGGGAAACACCUAACAAAGACACCCAGGAGCAGAUCCUCAGGGCUCUGAUGCAGAGGGCCACCCAGCAGCACCAGAACCAGCCGUAUGGGGUCUCAGGCGAGGCUCAGCGUGCCCAGUUUGGAGCCUGCAAUCUAGGGCACCAGGAGGAGUGUGGGGAUCGUCACCGGUUCUCCGCGGGGUUCCUUGGAAGGAAGAGGAUGUCCAGGCCUGCCAUGUCAGGGCACUACCUCCUCAAUGUUUCCACGUACGGACGAGGCUCAGAGAGCAGUAAACGCUCCCACCCAUUGGCUACCGCCAACACCUCACUGACCCCUCUGGCCAAUCUGAAGAGAGAACACACAGAGGGAGAGGAGCUGGCUAAUGAAGGGGAGGAGUCAGUGGAGAAUAAACCUCAUUCUCAUUGUAACUCAGCUGGAGGAGUCAAGAUGGAACAGCAGGGCUUCUCAAUCACAAAAAUGGGUGAAGCUCUGGGCUUUCAGCGCUGUUCCAGGAUAAAGUCUGAGUCUCCAUCAGUGGAGGGCUGUCUACCGGAACGGAAGGACAACAGUUUAGCCAGUACAGAGAGAGACAGUGGCACUUCUGCAAGAGCCAAAGAAACCAACCUUUUCACCCAAUCACAGCACAGGAGGCACCUGGAACUUUGCAAUAGUAAACAGGGUGGUCAUUCUGAGCCAUAUCGGGUAUCUGUAUCUCCCCACGUGGGGACCAUGGACCCCAGUCACCCCAGUACUCACCAGCAUCCGUCUGCCUUUCAAACCCAGAGACCUCCAAUCAAUAAUCAGGAAUCCAUGGUGGGGUCCUGCUACAGUGGCACCAUCAGCAUGUCUGUACCUCACACUCUGAGUCUGAACCACAGUGCUGCUGUUUCAGGUACCGCUUCCAGCACCUCCCUCCCUGUGUCAGGUAGUGGUGGGGACAGCGGCAGUGGCACCGGCAGUGUCAUGUCUUUCUCAGUGACCGUCACUACCAUACCUGCCGGUCACACUUUGGACCACAUAAACCAGGGGGAGGGGUCUCCAGAGCAGGGGUGUAUGGAGAGAUCUGGUGUAGAGGACGUUCAGUCUAAAUGCUACUGCCGACUCAAAGCUAUGAUCAUGUGUAAAGGGUGUGGGGCCUUCUGCCAUGACGAUUGCAUUGGCCCUUCGAAACUCUGUGUCUCGUGUCUAGUGGUACGAUAAAACGAAUGUUAGAAAUUAUUUGUUUCAAAUCUUUAUUGUUGCACCAAGGAACAAGUCAGCAUCAAGUAAUCUACCAUUGUCAAGAAGUAGUUACCAGUAGGGUUGGGGUCAAUUCGAUUUCAAUUCAGGAAGUAAACUGAUUUGAAUUCCGAUUCAAAUUUUCUCACAGAAAAAAAAGUGGAAUUGCAAAGUCAGUUUAUUUCCUGAAUUGAUUAAAUUGAAGUGGAAUUGACCCGAACCAUGGUUACCAGGGUAAAUGCACAGUGGCCAUACUAAACCCAACCCAUGGUUUUCAGUGGGGAGGCAAAGCAUUUACGCUAGACGAUCAUAGUCUUGUUUAAUCUGUUCCAUCUGAGAAAUACUGGUUUGUUUCAGGCAAUUCACAGUAGUAGUUUUGUUUUGAACAGUUCAAAUCAAAUCUGCACCUUUCAGACUUGAGACAUGUUGAAUCUUGCCAAUACUUUGCACUUGGACAUGUUAUUGUUCUAUAUUUUUGUAAAGAUAGUUUAGAUUUUUUUAAAGAAAGAAAAAAAUGAAUGUUGCUAUUUUUGUAGAACGUAAUAACACUGUUGUUAUGUUAAAGACUGCCACUCCUUGUUGUGGAGUUUAAGUUAUGAUGUUUUAAAAGGUGAAGAAGGGAGUUCAAUGGGGUUUUCGUGUAGGUGGGGGAGUACAAAUAUACUGAUUUAUAUCGAUUUUAAAGGUUGCAAUCAAUCAUUUAUAUAUUGACAGUACUAGAAACAGUCUUACAGAUAUAUAACCAGAGAAUAGAUAUUUGAAAUUAUUAUUUUGAUUAUAAAAAAUAUGUCACAAUGAUUGCACUUAGCUUUUCUAAAUACUAACACUUACUGGGCAAAGGACUUGAAUGACAGCUCUACUGUGUGUAUACUGUACACUAUACAUGUAGUGUACACUGUACAUGUAGUGUACACUAUACAAGUAGUGUACAGCCUUCGUACUCUAACAUGGUGUUGAAAAGUUAAAGCACUUCACAGAUAAAUGGAUAAAUAGUGCCCUUCGAGGAGCAAGCUGAGUAGCCUGGUCCCAGAUCUGUUUGUAUUGUUUAAUGACAGUAGAGUAGCCUGCUCCCAGAUCUGUUUGUAUUGUUUAAUGACAGUAGAGUAGCCUGGUCCCAGAUCUGUUUGUAUUGUUUAAUGACAGUAGAGUAGCCUGGUCCCAGAUCUGUUUGUAUUGUUUAAUGACAGGAGCCAUAGGAGUUGUCAAUACAGUACUAACAGAUCUGUGGCAAGGCUACUAAGAUCUUUCCCAUUUCAGUCAUUGGUGAAGUUUUACCGACACCGUGAACCUUUAUUGCCUCCUAAAACCUCGACUUAAAGAUAUUCUGUCUCAUGACGCAUUAUUUUUCAUACGUGGAUGCUUGUUUGUGGAUAGCAACGUAACUUUUAGCCGUGAUGUACCGUUAAAAGACUCAGAGAAAGAAGGGAGUAAAAUGUAUAAUUCUUUUGCUUUGUAAAUAUUGUCUUUAAGCUAUAUUUAGAAAUUAAUUCUCUAUCUAAGCUUUAUGUACGUUGCUUAAGCAUAUCCAACAUUAUAUCCAACAUUAUAUGGUUUUAUUGCAAAAGAGUUUAUAUCUCUAAAAGACAUUACGCAAAAAUGUGUAUUUAAACGCUAAAUGCUGUACUAUCAACAAACCAUUCAAAAAGUAUAGGCUCCUGGUAUAUACAGGUCGAUAGGGAGGUAGAGGUACAGUUUACUACAUAUAAAGCAAAGGCACAUAAUAUGGGUAUGCAUGGUGAUUGCAAUUAUAAAAUCUAAAUGUAUCAAUCAUAUUUUUUAAUGAUCUGACUAAAACUAAAGAUAGUUGCUGAGUACCGGUAUAUUUUAUAGAAAUCAUUUCCAUGGUAACAUGCCAAAGUCACCUCAUGAAAACUUAAAGAUCAGAUCUCUUUUUUUUUUUAAAUGUCUGACUAGUUAAAGAAAGUAAUAUAUUUUAAGUCAUAUAUUUUAAUAUAAAAAAAUCUAUUUACAAAUCUUUUUUUUUUUUUAAGAACAGGGUAUUUUUUUUAACGUUUUUGUUGGAGUGGACAGACCAAUUACUUUUGUAACAAACAAAAAAUCCCCAGAUUUUCUGAUUCUGUAUGUCCUUUUCCACUGAAGACCUGCCUGGAAUAUUUUAACCCUCUGAACUGAAUGCUCUUGUAAUGACUUUGGUUAAUACGAUAAGGGUCUUUGUUUUAUGUCUUACACAUAUUUUAAGCAUUAACUAUGUGCUUUAUUUAAGGAAAAAUUAAUGCCUGUAAAUUAACAAUACAAUUUCAUGGCUCCGUUUGUAAGUGGUCGGUGGAUUGGAUCCAGGCCCUUGUGUGUGUGUGUGUGUGUGUGUGUGUGUGUGUGUGUGUGUGUGUGUGUGUGUGUGUGUGUGUGUGUGUGUGUCACAUGAUUCUCAAAAAGUUCAAAGUCUACGUCCCAAAUAGUACCCUAUUCCUUUAUAAUGUUGGGAAUAGGGCGCCAAUUGGGAAGCAACCAAAUGGUUCAGAAAUGGAGGGUUCAUAUUUUGUAAGGAUAUAAAAGAGACCUUAUAUUUAUGAUUUCCCCUCUAUCAUUGCAAACUUUUUAAUGAAGUUUAGUAUUGAGUAUUAAUGGUUUAAAAAAUAUAAAAAAAAUUAUAUUGACUGACUUGUGAUGGUGACUGGAUUGCAAAGAGAAAGUUGUUUUUACCUACAGUACAUUUUGUAAACAGGCAGCUAACGUCUUUAUGGAUGAAUAAUCGAUUUAGUAGCCUACUCAACUUUGUCCUUUUUCUCAAACCUUGAUUGACUUUUUUUUAAAGCAAUUGAUAGCCUAAAUUCAAGGGGAUAUAUUGAUUAGAUUAAUUUUGAAACCUAAGGACAAAAAAUAAAGGUUGAGGAUAGAUUUGGAGGAAAAGUGUUUUCUAAGUGUCAUCGGGCAAUCAAUAAUGGUUUGAAAAUGUCUGUCUGUCUUGUGAAGGGUGCAUUCCCCUCAGUCUGUCAUUUUUGCUGUUUUUAGAUUUUAAAGUCUCCAUUUUAAAAUGCAGGUGAAUGUAAUAUAGUAAUCAGCACUUGUCAACAAAGAAUAAAUAACAAUGAGAAAACA